AUGGAUUUUAAUUUAGCAAUACCGGUAUUUUGCGAUUACUAUGAGCCCUUUUUAGUAGAAGAGAUUGCGCUUAUGGAGCAUCCCACAAUGCUUCACUAUGGCAAAUGCGCCGUAAUCGGUUAUUUAAAGCAAGGCAGUACAAUGCUAGACUCGCUGAUGAUUCCUGGUUUGCCAAGUGACCUUCAGUUACCGGAUGGCACAUGUCAAUUGGAAUUGUUUUUAGACAACUAUCCUGGGCCUCUCCAUUACAAUUCAACUAUCCGGGUGUACGGUUCCGUACGCCUGCGUGGUCCACCGGACUCGUCCAUGAGCAACAGUAAGGAUUUGAUUUUCUUUUUUCGUCAGCUACGGACUGAAAAUGAGCGAAAGGAGACAGAAACCACCUCGUUGGAAUUCAGCUUCCAGAAGGAGUGGGAUUUGGCGGUUAACAUUUACAAACCAGCACUUGAGGUAGAAUGGUGUGAAAUACUUCCGCAAGCCAAAGAGAUUGCAGCCUGCAACCUGCGUUUGAAGCGGAUAAAUAAGAUCUUAGGGCCAGUGAUACAGGAAUUGAAAACACAAAAUUUUUGA